GUUAGUGCUUAGCUCACGAACACCUUCUACAACAGAGAUAGCCAUAAGUCAGAAGGAACUGGCUAAUAUUCCUGCUGCCUUUGCUUUGCGGAUGUUUUAGUCUAAAUGGACGUACAGAAUGAAGGGGAGCAUGUGCUUACGGGUCUAGAUGAGGAGGCACUAGUUGACCACGGGAAGACCAGCUUCACCACUCACACAAACUAUGAAUCGGAAGAUUUGGAAAGCCACAGAGCAGUGUACGUAGGCGUCCAUGUUCCUCUUGGAAGGGAGAGCAAACGGAGGCAUCGCCACCGAGGACACAAACACCACCGAAAGAAGAAAGAGAGAGACUCUGAGGAGGGGAAGGAAGAUGGCAGGGAUUCCCCCACUUAUGACACACCAUCCCAGCGGGUCCAGUUUAUUUUAGGUACAGAGGACGAUGACCUCGAGCACGUCUCCCAUGACCUCUUCACCGAGCUGGACGAGCUCUCCUUCAGAGACGGCAAUGCCAGUGAAUGGAAGGAGACUGCCAGAUGGUUGAAGUUUGAAGAGGAUGUGGAAGACGGUGGGGAGAGGUGGAGUAAGCCCUAUGUGGCUACGUUGUCACUACACAGCUUAUUUGAACUGCGCAGCUGCAUACUCAACGGCACAGUCAUGCUGGAUAUGAGGGCCAACAGCAUCGAGGAAAUUGCGGGCAUGCUGAUAGACAGCAUGGUGGCAUCAGGCCAGCUGAAGGAGGAUUUGCGUGAAAAGGUGCGGGAAGCCAUGCUGAAGAAACACCACCACCAGAAUGAGAGAAAACUCAGCAAUCGCAUCCCUCUGGUGCGCUCCAUUGCUGACAUAGGCAAGAAACAUUCAGACCCACUCUUACUUGAACGAAACGGAGAGGGCCUGUCCUCUUCACGUCUCUCUCUCUACAAGCCAGGGUCCGCCUCCUCUGUCACCAACCUCUCCCAGAGACGAGAGUCCAGAGUCUCCAUCCUGUUCAACCAUCUCCUGCCCUCCUCUUCCUCCAACACUGGGCAAGCCCCAGGCCCCCAACUCCUCACCACCCCUCAAAAUACCCCCGCUGCCUUCCGGCACUCCUCCCAAACCCUUGGUGCAGACCUCGGCCCUCGAGGCAUCCCUGAAGUGGUGGUAUCCCCUCCUGAGGAUGACGACCCACCAAACUCUGCAGAAGAAGAGGGAGCAUCACCUGAGCUCAGCCGGCGAGCAUCCUCGGCAUCCCAGGGCUUCGAGCUGCUGCCCUUAGAAGGUUCAACGGUGUCUCCAAACUCUGUCCCAAACAACCUGGAUGGCAGCAAAGCAGUGGAGAGGAGACCAUCCAAAGUAGGGGUCAGUAGAGAAAGCAGCAGUGUCGACUUCAGCAAGGUGGACAUGAAUUUCAUGAAAAAGAUUCCUCCAGGUGCUGAAGCUUCCAACGUACUGGUGGGAGAAGUGGACUUCCUGGAGAAGCCCAUAACUGCCUUUGUACGACUGUCCCCUGCAGUCCUUAUCACAGGCCUCACAGAGGUGCCUGUGCCCACAAGGUUUCUUUUCCUGCUUUUGGGUCCUCGUGGCAAAGGGCCCCAGUACCAUGAGAUUGGCAGAUCCAUGGCCACAUUAAUGACAGAUGAGAUUUUCCAUGAUGUGGCAUACAAGGCCAAAGACAGAACAGAUCUCCUCUCGGGAAUAGACGAGUUCCUUGAUCAAGUGACUGUCCUGCCUCCUGGAGAAUGGGACCCCACAAUCCGGAUUGAGCCCCCCAAGAAUGUCCCAUCUCAGAUGAAGAGGAAGAGACCGUCCCAACCCAACGGCAAUGCGUCUCCAGCUGGAGAGCUGGAAAAGGAUGAGGACCACCACGCAGGGCCUGAGCUGCAGAGGACCGGGAGGAUAUUUGGAGGUCUGGUCCUGGACAUCAAGCGGAAGUUGCCAUUUUACUGGAGUGACAUCAGAGACUCCCUCAGUCUGCAGUGUCUAGCCUCCGUCUUGUUCCUCUACUGUGCCUGCAUGUCCCCUGUCAUCACAUUUGGAGGUCUGCUUGGGGAGGCAACAAAAGGCAACAUAAGUGCCAUAGAGUCUCUGUUUGGUGCCUCACUGACAGGAGUGGCAUACUCCCUCUUCGCAGGCCAGCCCCUCACUAUUCUUGGCAGCACGGGCCCUGUUUUAGUGUUUGAGAAGAUCCUCUUCAGGUUCUGCACUGACUAUGGCCUGUCCUACCUGUCGCUGCGGACCAGCAUUGGUCUGUGGACAGCCUUCCUGUGUCUGGUCCUGGUGGCCACAGAUGCUAGCUCCUUGGUCUGCUACAUAACCCGAUUCACAGAGGAGGCCUUCGCUUCGCUCAUCUGCAUCAUCUUCAUCUACGAGGCUCUAGAGAAGCUCUUUCACCUGGGAGAACACUACCCUGUCAACACGCACAACAACUUGGACAAUCUUACCCUGUAUUCGUGUCAGUGCUCUCCACCAGUCAAUGCCUCGGAUCAGCUCAUGCAGGAAUGGAACCGGACAGGAUACAGCCCAGACUCUAUCCAAUGGAGCAACCUCAAUGUUUCGAUGUGUACAACACUCCAUGGGGAGUUUGUGGGUCCUGCCUGCGGUCAUCAUGGGCCCUACAUCCCAGAUGUUCUCUUCUGGUCCAUCAUCCUCUUCUUCACCACCUUCUUUCUGUCUUCCUUUUUUAAGCAGUUCAAGACCGAGAGAUAUUUUCCCACCAGGGUGCGGUCCACUAUCAGCGACUUUGCUGUGUUUAUAACCAUUAUGAUCAUGGUGUUGGUGGACUAUCUAAUGGGGAUCCCCUCGCCUAAACUUAACGUCCCUGACCGCUUUGAGCCAACUUCAAAGAACAGAGGCUGGCUGAUGGACCCGUUAGGAGAAAAUCCCUGGUGGACACUGCUGGUGGCAGCACUUCCUGCCCUGCUCUGCACCAUCCUCAUCUUUAUGGACCAGCAGAUCACUGCAGUCAUCAUCAACCGCAAGGAGCACAAGCUCCAGAAAGGCUGUGGCUAUCACCUGGAUUUGCUGAUUGUGGCAGUAAUGCUGGGCGUGUGCUCCAUUAUGGGCCUGCCAUGGUUUGUGGCUGCCACCGUCCUCUCCAUCUCCCACGUUAACAGCCUGAAGGUGGAGUCUGGCUGCUCCGCUCCAGGAGAGCAACCCAAGUUUUUGGGCAUCAGGGAGCAGAGGGUCACUGGAUUCAUGAUCUUUGUCCUCAUGGGUUGUUCUGUUUUCAUGACAUCGGUGCUCAAGUUCAUUCCUAUGCCAGUCCUAUAUGGAGUCUUUCUCUACAUGGGUGUCUCUUCCCUCAAAGGCAUUCAAUUCUUUGACAGAAUCAAGCUGUUCGGCAUGCCUUCCAAGCACCAGCCUGAUCUGAUCUAUCUGCGCUAUGUGCCGCUGUGGAAGGUCCAUAUCUUCACCCUCGUGCAACUCACCUGUUUGGUGCUGCUCUGGGUCAUCAAGGCCUCUUCAGCAGCUGUCGUAUUCCCCAUGAUGGUUCUGGCGCUGGUCUUUAUCCGAAAGCUACUAGACUUUUUCUUCACAAAGAGAGAGCUGAGCUGGCUAGAUGACUUGAUACCAGAAAGCAAGAAGAAGAAAGAGGACGACAAGAAGAAGAAAGAACGAGAAAAGCUGGCCUCCAAUGCUGUUUUCAAUCAGGAAGAAGAGACCAGACUGCACGAAGAGGAGGCGUUGGCACUGAAGGACAGCUUUGACGGCUUGGACCGGCUCAAAAUCCCAGUGAAAGCACUUUCAGGGAGUUCUGAUUCUGACCCCUUGGUUGUAAAUAUCUCUGAUGAAAUGGACAAAACUGCAGCGUGGACAGCCGUGAACUCGAGUGCAGAGUCAUGUGUCCCACUUGUCAAGCGUAGUGAAAGUCAGGAGAAGGUGGCCUGUGUUAGAGUCGACGUCAGCCCAGAAACACCAGGAGGGGGUUCUACUACUGAGUCCUUCCUGUGAUAAACCAAGGCCCUCUUCCCCUCUUGCUACCUUCCCCCACACAACACUUUACCCUGCUGACGAGCACCAUCAUAGUGGUAAAGGGGGCAUAGAACUGGAGCAGCACAACCUGCCUGCAAAGUUCCCUUCUUUGGGGCAGCAGGCGAGCUCCCCCAGGGCUGUGAGUCCUACUCCACGCUUCACAAGUCCUGAAGUGUGCAGCAUAUGUACAAAUGGCUGCCACAAUGCACUGUAGAGCGCACAUCUCAGAGGAAUGAAGGAUUUCUGCUGUUACUGCCCACCAACGCUCACUGUUUAGGAAUUCUCUCAAUGUCGCAAUGUGUCAUGCAUUAAAACCACAGAUGCCAAAGGAAGGGGCCUCACCGGUGAGGAUCUUGGAUUGUGUGUUUUAAUUUUACUGUUAUUGUUUUAGCUGAUCACAGUACUGGACAUGUGAUGUCCUUUGUAGCUCAUACACCAUGAGUUGCCCUGUUUGUUUCCAUGUAUUUUAGGUUGGCUUAAGACCUUUCACCUAACUACACCAGCUUCACAACUUACUGUAUUUGAUUAAAGCCAUUCAGGUACUGUCAGUGCCAGCUGAUUAUAUUUCAUAAUUUGUAUGGCACCGUAUAUGACACAAACCAAAACAGGUGCAUUCAGAUACAGUAGAUACUACUACUACGACUACACCACCACAUUACUACAUGUACCGUUGUAGAAUCUGCUUAUGAAUUCUCUCUCCUGUUUGCAGGGGAACACUCAGUAUUGAUAUUGCUGUUCAUAAGUUGGUCAGUUGUUUUCACUGUAAACCUCAAUGUUUUAUUUUGUAUUUGAUCUUAUCUUAAAUAUCAUUAAGUAUGUAUGUAUUUAUAGUGUGUUCUUUUAAUUUAAAACCUUUAGAAAAAAAGAGGCCAUAUGAAGUCUGUACUGUACAGUAAGCACUUUGCCAUUAUAGUUUCUUACCUAAAAAUGGAAUAUAGUGUGUUAAUAAAAAGGUUAUCUCCUCCCACCGUAUCUAUAGAGCGGUUGUUCAAAUGUCAGUUAAACAACUCAGGAAUCGUGACUGAUUUCUGACUGUGGUCACUUGAUAUUUCUUGUCACAAGGCAGUGAUAAUUAGCUGUCCACUGUAUGUCCUUACAUCUCUGGCAUCACCACUAUUUUAAUAAAUGCUGUAAAUCAUAUAAUAUAGUAAGUUGCAAGGUAAAAAAAAAAAGAAAAUAUUCGUGACCCAGUUAGAUGCACCGGUUUUUAUACGGUCUGUGUUGCUGUUGUUGUUGUCGUUGGUAAUAGUGUGUAUGUCUCUAUGGUGUAAAGAUAAUUUGGUAUGUUUAGCGUUUCAAGUCAUUUUAUGCAAAAUAUUUCUACAGUAAAUGUAAAAACUAUUAUAUUCUAUUAAGUUCUUGUUUCGCUAAAGUGCGGUCUUGUUUUAGCAAUAAGUAUUCCAUACUGUGCAAUGUAUGGACUCAUGAACCUAGCUAAUAUCCAGGCAAAGAAUAAUUGGUGAAAUGAUUUCUGUGUCUGUUUCAUCGGCUCUGUCUGUGUGUAGCUACAGUGACUAUACGGGCAAUAGCUUACGUGCCUUGUCAAAGCUCUUUAUGUGCAAGUCUUGUACUGAUAAUUUAAGUGUUCAGAACAGAUAUACAGGAACAUGCGUGAUGGCACACAAAUGCCAAAGAUGGACCAUCAAUACUAUACAAGAGUAAAGUAGUACACGGCUCAUUUGCAGAGGCUUAUGUCUGUUGUAGUGUUAUUCCACGUCUGUGUGAACGUCGUAGCCUGAGCCACCGACUCAAACGAUGUAACUCGAUUUAUCUUCCAUUUACAAAUGUUACUCUUAAUACUGUGUGUGUGUGUGUGUGUGUGUGUGUGUGUGUGUGUGUGUGUGUGUGUGUGUGUGUGUGUGUGUGUGUGUGUUCUACUCUCAGCUCUUGUAUCUGCUCACAUUUAAAAGCUCUUUUAUCGAUAUUGAGGUACUGUUUUUUUUCAGUGAAUGUCAAAUGUAUUGUACCGUAAACAUCAAAAAUGAUUUUGGUGACAUUUUGCCAACCAACUAUUUUCUAAAAAGCUUAGAUUUUAAUUAAGUCACAAGUAUUUCCCAAGUUAUUUCUUUACACAUAUGGACCAUUUGAUAUAAAACGUGUGAGUUGUCGAUCGGUGGAAUCAUCACAAUAAAGUGAACAUCCACCAACCAACUUAUAAUUUAACAAUGUUGUUUAUUUUGAUGAAAAAAGAACCUAUUUUCACAUGACAUUAGUUUCAACAUAUAUAUAUAUUUAUUAGCUUAAAGAGGUGAUUCAACCAUGUAAAGAACAAAAGUGUGAAUAUUUUACACUCCAUCACGUAGUAAAGCAUCAGUGAAGCACAUAGCAUUCUGUUGUUAGCUUGAAUGAUGACCUAUUGGUGCAAAGCAAUAAAAGUGAAUACAUGGUGA